AUGGCGGCCGACUGCAUACAUCCGAAAGAGCUUCAAAUUUGCAAAAGAAGAUUGCGAUUCCUGGAAUGGAAUCCUUCUGCUGAGACGAAUGUAAACCCACAGCUGUCGUAUGACAUCAUUCCCUUGUUUUUAGGCGCAGAUGUUUUGUCUGGGUGUUCCAAAGCUGUCUCUAAUUUGCCCAGAAUGCAUGCAAAAUUCGCAAAGGAAGGGUUGGCUGUCAAGGUCAAUUUUCCAGUCUCUGUGCGAUUACAGGGAGUACAUGGUUCUUCUCGUGGUAUUUGGUUCUACUCUAUUCAAGGACUUUUUAGAGUCUGCUUUGAGUACUAUAACCGCAAAGAACAACUAGCAUGCCUGUCACAACUUUUUCCCUUGUGGAAGGAGAGAUUUUCAGAUCCCCUCUUUCAACGAGAAAUCAACCUUUUUAGGUUUGAGACUUCAAGCUUUGUGGGAAUUUCUGAACAAGCACGUAUGAAUAAUGCCGAGGAAGCAGAAGAUACAAGUGUAAUAAACACAUCUGACUCAAAUGACGAUGGGAAAAACAAUUUUUGCUUUACAGAAAGCAGAUACACUCAAACUUCAGAACCUUACACUCUUGCUGUAAAUUCUUUUCAGAAAGGAAAGGGUUCUUGUAUAACACCAAUAGGGAAACAGUGUAUUGAGGAGAUACAAAGACUUUAUAAACAUGAACACCAAUCUGAAUUUGAUGCUCUUGCAGAAACUACAAUGAGAAUUUUGAGAGAGUUUGAAGCUCAACAGUCAGAAGGUCGUAGCAGAUCAUCUGGGAUACUUUCAGCAAUUAGCAAGAUCCUUGGUGAUGAAUUGUACAAAUUCCAAUUGGAGAUAAAUGAAAGAGUUACUGAGUUCAAGAAAAGACAUAUUACAUCAAUCAACAACCUCCCACCAUCUUCACUGCUUGUUAAAGAACUCUUCCCAGAUUGUAUGAGGCUGUUGUUGUUACACUGGAUGGGAAACAAGGAUGGGGAAAAUGUAAACAGUAUUAUCCAGGUUAUUCUGGAGCUAGUUAAUACAAGCCUUGUAUCAGGUGUAGCUCAUGUACUUUAUUCAAGACUGAUCCGAACAGAUACAGUGUAG